AAGCCCAGCCAACACGGGAUGUCCCGAGCGUUCUCUCAUGUUGGUUCUUCCAUUUGCUUGAUUAUGGGCUUUGCGAGAGGCUGUCUCAAAUUGUAUACGAUAUUAGGACGCAUUCUGCCCAAAUGGAUUGGGAUGUUUCUUUUUUUAGUUUGUUUUCAAAUUUACUCCCACCCCCAAACCAUUCAUUCUCUCCGCUUCUCCUGCUUCAAGCAGAAGGUCCUUCACUUCACUCCACUCAAAUCAAUAAAUCUUCUACACUAACGCACACACCCUAAAAUUAUGAACCCCUCAAUACCACAAAAUCUAGAUGAAUACUCAGCAUCCGCAACCACAAUCAAAUUCGACCGCCCAAUCCCACUCCUUCGUGGCCCCAUACCCGCCGGUCCGCCCGACGACCCGUCAGUCAGCCCACACGUCCUCGCUUUCAGAAGCCCUCAAUCCUGGGCUGUCGCAUACAAAACCUGCGAGUCCAAAAUAAUCUCCCAGUGCGAGGAAGGAGCCAGGUUUGGGUGCGCGAUAACCGCAUCAAACAAAUGUAAGCCUCCCUGGUGGCGCGGUUUUAUCGGGGGAGCGAGAUUGGAAGACUUGAAGGAGAGGGAGAGGUGUGAGGAUCGCGAACUGGAAGGUUGUUUGGUUGCGGCUAAAGACAAGUGCGUUGGGUUUGCCAAGGAGAAAUGCUGGAAGCCUUUUAGGGACGCGAGAAUUGCGGUGAGGGAAGAGGAGGUUGUUAGGAAUUUAGUUAGUUUGGUUUCGGUGCCGCAGCGGAGUAGUAAGUGGAUUAGUUUAAUUGGGUUUGGGAAAUUUAAUUUUGGGGUUACCAAUUUCAGGGCAAGUGAAUUUUUGGGCUCUAAUAAAAAUCAUGCAUGGUUUUUUAAGUCGAUGUAGUGGAAUAGAAGAAGAGGAGGGGGGAUCUGGGGUUCUGCGAAUUGCAUGGAUCAUGUUGUUUAACUGUGGCCAGCUUUUUAAGUGGGAGAUUCUGCGGUUUGGAUUGGGCACUUAAGAGGUAUAUUUUGUAGAACUUUGCCUCUCAUUUUGGAUAAAGUUGGAUGCUUGGUGUAUGUCCUUGGCUUGUUCAAUUGAAUGAGACUUGUGUGCACCUGCUAUUGUUAGGAUUUCCUUACUGCCCUCUAUCGAGCUGUGAAAAAUGGGUUUCAGAUGAUGUGACGGAAACAUGCAAUCUUUGGUGGCGCUAGCACAGCUGAAAUUCUGAAACUACUGUCACCUGUUAUAUUAGUAUUUAGGACGCCAUAUUUCAAGAUUUGAAGUGUAUGUGGUUAUGGAGUCUGCAAACGUGUAUGGGUUUUCAAGGUUCAAAUAUUCGGGCAAUUGUUGGGAAGGGCUGAAGCAGAUGCCUUCUUAUGGUACUUAUUUCCUGUUAAAGCAUAGAAUCUGGAGACCGUCCAAGAUUGGAGCUGGCUCAAAAACUUGCUCAAUACCACUUCAUGAAUCAUGUACGCAAACCAUUUGCUUCAACACCUGAUGUCAAGGUUACAAGGUCAGUUGUUCCGUAAAUUUCAGGUUUCCUUGUAAAAGUUUUAUGAAAUUAUGUGGGAAACUGCUACUUGAGUUGAGGACCAGACUGGAAAAGGAGAGGGGGGGGGGGGGGGGGGGGGGGGGGGGGGGAGAGAGAGAGCAGAGUUACACAUUAUAUCUUGGCGAGUCCGCGAGCGGGCUGUAUGGGAAGCGGCUAAGCACGAUAUCUUGCUCUAUUUAUUGGGCCUUUUCUGCAUUUAAAUUAGGCUUGAACUGUAGCCCAUAAUAAUCGAACUUUUAUUUGCUCA